GAAGCAAGAACGACAACUGUAGCAUUCCAUGGUAAGAACAAUGCAGUUGAAAAAAGUCCAGCCCAUCCAGAUCCGCCUGAAGCUAAGUGUCGAGACAACACCGAGGCCUGUCAGUCCAUUACAACUGGCAUGUGUUAUCAUAGGCUAAAUCGCAAGAAGUGUUGUCAAGCUUGUCAAAGGCUUAUGACACCCAAGACUGUUCCGGGUUGCGAAUACGGUGAUCGUUCGCCUCUCUGUCGUAAAAUCUCAAACCGACAAUGCUACAGAGCUAUCUAUCGCCAUUAUUGCUGCGCAACUUGCAAUGAUUACAAGCGACGACUCGGAGCAGGAAAAGACUGUUUAUACGGAGACCGUGCCGGGACGUGUGCUCCUAUCGACCAAAACAGCAACCUAUGCUACACCGUUUACAACAGAAACAUUUGUUGUAAAACCUGCUCUAAGUACGAAGUGAACAUUCCCGGUUGUCGGUAUGGGAACUCGAAAGUGAUGUUUCAAAAUGAGUUGGGAGCCUUCACUUGCGAUACAUAUGCCAAAUUCUUUGGAAAAAUUUACAGUUGCAAAAUCAAACAGUUUCGUAGACUUUGUUGCAAAACAUGUGCAAACGUUGACAUUUCUAUAAAAAACACCCGAUUCAACUCAAUUUCAUACACUUUUGUUUAGAAAUAGUACUUUUUGGGUGUACAAGACCACAGUGAGGUCGUAACUUAAGUAUUUUCGUAUGUUACAGCCGAUGUUACAUGCUUCCUUUAACAACAGGGCCCCGUUUCACAAAUGGAAUUGGGUUGAAAGUGGGUCUUAAUUUUAACACAAGAAAGGUACUGUACUUCGACCCAGAAAAAAGUGCUAGUCCAUUUAGAUGAGGAUGUUGGACCUGUUGAAAAAUUAGCAAAAAAUUUGACCGAAAGUUGCUACUUUUUAGUGGCUUUUCAAUGACUUAACCUUGAUGAAGAAAGACUUAGAACUUCCGUUUUGAAGAAAGUACAAAAUUUUCACAAAACAUUUUUGCGUUUGUGUAAAUCAGAGCCUAGUAACCAUCCAUGUAGUUCUAGGGCUCAUUCCCAAUAAAGUUAUCGUGCUACGUAGAACGAUCCAACUUUCGCUUAAUGCAAUCAGAUUAACACGCCUCCUCUUGUUUCCAACGUACCCGUAUAAUCACCAACUUUAUGUAUUCUACCCAACGCCGGGAGGAGGUAUAUUAAUCUGCUAAUAUGAUUGCAUUCAGCGAAUUGGAUAGAUCUACGUAAGCUCAUAGUUUCAUUGAGAAUGAGCCUCUACAACCUACUCUUUUGUAACAUGUAAGUAAAGUCACGUAA